GUCGCCAAGCAUCCGAACCUAGACCCAGUCGCAGCCAUUUUACUCCGUGAAAUAAACUUCAAUCUCGGAGCCGGAGGAGAAGAAACACAACAACAAGUGCAGCAGCUCGGCGGGAGACCAUGGACACGUCGCUGUGAACCAGAGCUCGGGCGGAUCCGGGUUUCAAGUCCUCGCACUUCGGUAGCAGCGAGACGUAACAUAAAGAGACGGUGACUUGCAACCCAGUUGCUUGUCUGGGAUCCUCGUCAACCCUGCACCCCUCCUGAGGCGGGAUGGAGCCCCAGGCUUCUCAGUGGCAGCUUGGACCAGAGGGAGACUGUAGGAUGUUGAGUCUGCUGGUGCCCAGUCCCCAGAGCGAGGCGGUGACCCAUGAGAUGGAGGAGCUGACUCUGCAGCCCGCACAGAACCUACCUCCGCUCAGUGAGCGCAAAAAUGUCCUGCAGUUGAGGCUUCAGCAAAGGCGAACCCGGGAGCAGCUGGUGGACCAGGGCAUCAUGCCACCUCUCAAGAGCCCGGCAGCAUUCCAUGGGCAGAUCCGCAGCUUGGAGAGAGCCAGGACUGAGAAUUUCCUGAAGCACAAGAUCCGCAGUCGUCCAGAGAGAGCGGAGCUGGUCAGGAUGCACAUACUACAAGAGACCGGAGCAGAGCCCUCGCUGCAGGCCACCCAGAUGAGGCUGAAGAGGGCCCGUCUGGCUGACAACCUGAACGAGAAGAUCGCCCAGAGACCCGGACCAUUGGAGCUGGUGGAGAAGAACAUCCUGCCAGUGGAUUCCAGCGUUAAGCAAGCCAUCAUUGGUGAGGUGGGCGAGGUGAAUUACCCGAAGGUGUUGGAUGAAGACAGCUGCGAUCCCCUGUCCCCAGAGCAGCCAGCCAGCCAGGAGUCGCAAACCUCUGUCCCCUCACCCGCGGAGAGCAAAGCACCAGAGACUCCUGCUCCUGCUCCUGCUCCAGCUCCAUCUCCUGCUCCUGCUCCUGCUCCUGCUCCUGCUCCAGCGCCUCCACCACUAUCAAGCACCAUAUUCCAGGCACUCCCAGUCGCCACAAAAGCACCAUCAGACUUUAUGAAAGUGGUCUCUACCAGUGAGUUUCUGGCCACUCGCCCAGCUGUUCCCUCGAAACCAGGACCAACACUGGUGAAACAAAGCCAGCCGAAGUCAGCCUCAGAGAAGAGUCGCAGUAAGAAGGGCAAAGAGCCAAAGUCCAGGAUUAAGAAGCUGAAAUACCACCAGUAUGUUCCUCCGGACCAGAAGCAGGAGGCCAGUGAAGAACCCAUGGACUCGUCUUAUGCCCGACUACUGCAGCAGCAGCAGCUGUUCCUCCAGCUGCAGAUCAUCAGCCAGCAACAGCAGCACUACAACUACCAGACUAUACUACCAGCACCACUCAAACCUAUGGCAGAGGGUCAGAGCAGCGCUGGGAGCAGCCUGCCAACCUCCAUCAUGGUGUCUCUGCCCACUGCCCCCCCACCUCCUCCUCUGCCUUCUGCGGCUCGGCCAAACAUCUCGCUGUCCAAUCGCAAGCCAGGAGUCUUGCCUGCCAACCUGGAGGAGAUGAAGGUGGCGGAGCUGAAACUGGAGCUGAAGCUGCGAGGCCUUCCUGUGUCAGGAACAAAGACUGACCUGAUGGAGAGACUUAAGCCUUUCCAGGAUAAUCUCCGCACCUCUGCUCCUACUAACAUUCCUCAACCAACCACCACCACCUCCACCCCUAUGGACGUCACCACUGCCACCACCACCUGCACCAGCCCCGCCAUUGUCUUCCCAGUACAGCAGGUGACUCUAGAGAGCAUGAGAUCCACGCCGCCAGUCUCACCCAACCCCAGUGAGCCCUCCACCCUCCAGCAGGAUAUGGGCAUGUCUGUGGCACAUUCCGAAGUACAAGUGAUGAGCUCUGGCUCAGCAGGUUCACAGUCCUCACCGCUCUUGUCUUUUCACAUCCCGGAGGAAAAGGACAGGAGGCUCCAUGAGAAGGAGCGACAGAUAGAGGAGUUGAUGAGGAAGCUGGAGUAUGAGCAGAGGUUGGUGGAGGAGCUGAAGAAUCAGCUGCAGGUGGAGAAGAGAGGCCUGGGUGCCGACUCUACCUCUGUAUCUCCCAAAAUGACCUCAGUCCCUGCCCUGAAUCCCGUUGCUGCUGUCCUGAAUUCAAAUACUCUAAAAAUGGAGAGUACGGUCCUGUCAAACUGUUCAUCCACUACUGCCACCAUCCAAAACUCUGUCUUGGGCUCCCCUGCUCUCACAAGCCCCCUCCCGACCGUGGUGAAGUUGGAGGAUCUGACUGUUUCUGGUGGCAAGCCGCUCCAACUGCAGAGUCCAACCCAGCUCAUCACGAAGAUCCAGCCCCAAGUAAGCACCAGCCCGCAGCUGCUCCCACAGUCCCAGAGAAGUCCCAAACUCCAGACUCAGUCUCAGACCACUGCCCCCAGCAUGCAGCAGUUCUUCAUCAGCCACGCGGGUGGAGUCUCCCAGAUGCUGACUGGCCAGGCUGGGACUCAGAUCCUGCUCCCGGUCUCACUACCCAAAAACGCUACUGCAAUCCAGCUGCCAAACACCACUGUCAGCCUGCAGCCUGUCCACCAGGCCACAGUCUCAAAUCCAGGCCUGGUACAGACGUCUGUUCCUCAGCCACAGAGCUUUCAGAUGGAGACGGCACCCGGCCAGCAGCUACCAAACCACAACCCGCUGCUACAGACUCUGACAGUGUGCAAUAGUUCUACUGGUUUAGAGAACCAGGGUCGGCCUGAGAUGAAUCCCCAGCGUUUCCUCAGGAGCUCCCCAGAGAACAGGGUCUCUCCACGGGCCUCACCCAACCAGCACAUCUCCAAUGGACCCCUUCAUAAGUCUCCCUCUCCCCAGUCUGCCUUCAUCCUCCAGCCCACCUCUCUUAUCAAUCAGCCUCCCAAAUCAAGAGAGCCUCCCCGCUAUGAGGAAGCUGUCAAGCAGAGCCGCAACAUGCACAUCAACAAUGUCUCACAGGUUCCUACUGCCACCAGCCAGCAAAUGGAUGACUUGUUUGACAUCCUCAUAGAGAGUGGAGAAAUGACACCUUUUAUCCAGCAGGACCCCUCAGUGUCUCUCGGGAAGAGCCACCCCAUCACGGCCAGUAUCACCACCCUGCCUGUGAACACAGUGCUCUCCAGACCACCUCCACCGAUCCAUAUGGCCCCUCCGCCCACCCUGAGCCUCACCGUCGACCCAUGCAUGCCUCUCCUCUCCUCUCUGGCCACAGACAACCAGCUGGAGGCCUUCCUGGAGGGGACGCUGGCUGGAACGUCGCCGGCAUCGGACCUGCGCACACAGGGUCUGAUAGAGGAGCUUCAGGCCCAGCUGAUGGAACAGCAAUCCUACUCCCCCAUGGACACAUCAGACCUGUCUUUCUGCGAUUCCUCCUCACCCACUUCCUCGUUCAACAUGGGCCUGUCUGACCCAGCACUGGACAAUAUGGAGUGGAUGGACCUCACCAUGCCCCCGGGUCCUGGAGGGGCACUCACACCGCUGGGGAUCCCAAAUGACUUCCUGGAUUCCCAUGACCUGCAGCUGCACUGGGACUGAGGGAGGGUGAUGGAGGAGAGGCAGCUGAGCCAAGAGUGAAAGAUGGAUGGAUGAAGAGAAGAAGAAGAAAAAAGGAAAUUUCCAGCACGUUAAGGCUGACUUUAAACAUUUUAAAUAAGGAAACAAAAGGAGGAGAAAACCUGACAUUCACUCUUUAACAGCUCAUCCAUACAUCGGUUAUAUUCCCACUAUACUAGAGGAGGACACACUGUACAGGCAGUGCACUGAUCAAGCUGAACUACAAGCAGGAGUUUGCACAGCUUUUAAAGAAGAGGUCUACUUUGACCGAACAGCCAGAAAACAAUUCCAUCACUAAGGUGAUAAAAGGAUUUUAACUCGAUGAGACUUUUAUUCAUGAUUUAGCAGAAAUGAAGAGACAGAGCCAAAUGAAGACUGGUAGCAUGGACUGUUUGUAAAUACUGUUAAAACCACAUUAACAACAUUCUGUCAGUGCAGCCUCAGCUGGUGACCACUGCAUUUAGAAACAUUUAGAAUAACACUCAGCCACAUUGGAUGUGUGUGCAUCUCAGAUCGUCUUGCUUUUCAUUUCAGCGGCCAUGUUAUAAUGUCACGCUGCCUGUGUGAGCCCUGUGUCUCAGGUGCGUGUCCUGAGCUGCGCUUCUCCUCUAGAGAGUCGAGGACUCGCAUAUGUAUUCCACGUACUGUGCUCUGUUCACAGCAGAAAAGAUGGUGAAAAUUAUGUGUCACCACAGUUUCAGUGUCUAUCUGACGCAUAUGUCACAGACAUAAAUAUUGGCAACACUUCCUGUACCUGUUAUAAAUUAAAUCUAAUCUAAUCAUUAGUUCUAACUCUAAGGAGUUUGUUAUUAUUGCAGGACCAGAAGGGGCACGGCUUCAUACCGUAGAGUGCUGGCAUUUUGUUAAGUACAUCGCUCCACUUAUAUUUGAUGAAAUAUUCAUACCAAAAACCUCACAUAGCAUCUCUGCAGCAGCUCUGAAACUGACACGUUCCCUGUAGUGUGGACCCACUAGAUCACAGACACAGCUGUCAGGCUACACACACACCCAGGCCUAAACCAGUCUGUGCUGCACUGUCAAAUCUGUCGGUUCCCUUUGCUCAGACAUGUCACAGAACCAAGUUUUACAAUUUCUCAACUGAGACGAGGUCAAGCUUCCUGUUCACACUGUUCCAGUCUACCAGAUGCUGUAGAUUACGUGUUUUCUGACAAAUCUGAUUUGCUACAUCAGAUCCUUCUGACCUAUCGCGACCCCCUCCGCUCAAGCCGAUCAACCAACGACUCUAAAGAACAAAAAGACUCGACUCCAGUCGGACGACGAGAGGAGGAGGCUCCUCCCUCUAAGUGAGAGCUAUGCACUAAUGAGGCGGAGCGAUCUACCGACGCGCCUCACUCACCUCAGAACAAGGAAAUGUGAACUUUGCAUAUCCAAGACGAUCGUGAACAGAAAGCGAUCGGAAAAGAUUGCGAUCGAUGCAGCAAUCACGUGGCCAAUCACUAUAGAGAUACUGCAGCUGGUGUCCAAGUUAUUUUGAAUGUACUGUUUGACAAGAACCAAACAUCUGACUUUACGUACAAAGUUGGCAGCUGUUUUUCUUCCCCUCUGAUAGUAAACUGGCGUGAAACAGUAGAAAGGGAACAAACACGAGCAGAUUUAAUACGUGUGAACUGCAAGAUAUAUCAAGAAAGAUGUCUUUUAGAAGAUGAGCUUUAUAUCUAGCUGUCCUACAGUAUCCCUGCACUUUGUGUGUAUGUGUGUGCGUGUGUGUGUGUAUGAGAGAGAGACAGUGUGUGUGUGUGUGUGUCUUGGUGGGGAACUACUGCAUCACUAGCCAUGAAACGUGACUGUUAGGUUGCCUGUAGCUGAUAAGUUAGCCUGCUGUACCGUCCCAUUUAUCCACAAACCAACCAUCGUCGGGAGGGUCUUUGUCAGAAUAACAUUUUGCUGGUUUGCAGCACGAGGGUUCCCGGUUUGAAUCCCUGCUUUGUGUCUUUGUGGCUGUUCUCUAGAGUGAACACCUCCUUUUCUCCCACAGUACAAAGUUGAGCAGGGUUAGACUCUAAGUUAACUGUAGGUGAACAUAGGAGUUGUUUCCUGCUGUCGACCUGUAACCCCGCCUCUCGAUCAAAGUCAGCCGUGAUUGGCUCCAUCUCCCCCCACGACCCCCUAAAGAUAAGCGGUGUGGAUAGUGAAUGGACGGAUGAUAAAGUAGUCUAACAGAGAUGCAUCAGCUACAGUGACCUGUCAACAAAGUUUCCUGACCUUUCGAGUGAGUGAGGCGAGCAUGUUGAUCUAUGUGUGACUGUUUGUGUGUGUGUGUGUGUGUGUGUGUGUGUGUGUGUGCGUGGAAUCGUCUUCCCGUCCCCUGCAUGAACAUCGGUGUGCGUCUCCGUGUGCAUGAUCGUAUCCACAUUUAAUCUCGGGCACCGUUUCGAGCACUUUCACAGCCAAUAGCACUCAAGUUAUAUGAAAUAUCUAUAAAGAAAAAACUCCAUUCGGCUUCUCCUCCAACGUUCUUUCUUCAAGCGGCUUCUGAUGACUGUUGUACUGUUGUUAUCCGUGUUGUCCCGUCCGGUGUGAUACAGUAACAAACGCACACACACACCUUUCGAGGGCUGAGCUCCCUUUAAAGCCGUCAUGAAUGCUCCCAUGGAUUGCAUCAUAUCCUAACUCACUAAGCCAAAUCAGUGAGUUAAUGAUUUAGUAUCUGAGUCCUAAUAUCGUUUUAGGAUUGAUACAGUCCUUCCCUAUGGCACUUUGAAACGCGAUGGCUCUUUUUAAUUCUCUCUUUUGUUAUAUCAGUCACAUUCAGUGAAAUGAUGCUCGCAUUUCAACCACUUUAUCGUGUAAUUACGUCCAUGGACACUAGAGGGCGUGGGCUCUCCAGUUGUGGCAUGACGGCACUUCAGGGUCAUUUAUUGUAGAAUAAAAAGUCAAUUGGGCUAUUUUAUUUUGAAAGUUUCUGUUUUGAUUUGCUGUUUACAUUUGCAAUAAUGUGGAGCCCUUCAUGUCGACCCUGUCUCGUCAACAUUUGAUGCUCUCACUGCCGCAGUCACGUUUUUAUCGUCAAUACCCAGAGUUACGCCAAAUACUGCACAGACACACACUUUUUGUUGUGUUGUAUUUUAAUUGUUUUCCUUUCGUCACAAACAAUAAAAGUCACGUGUUGUUGUAUCCUAGAUGAGACGAUGAGGUCAUGGUUGCUUUAGGGCAGUUUUGAUAUUUUGUUGCCUGAAACGGCAGUGGAACAUAUUAUUAUGUUUAUUAUAAUUUGUUUGUUUUUCAAUGUAGAAAUCAUGUAAUCUUGUUUGGAUGGUUGUGUAAAAUCUGUAAACAAUGAUUUUAUGUGUAUAUAUUUGGUUUGCAGAGUAUUUUUUUUGUUGUUCAUAUCAGCCGGACACAAACCUCAUCUACAUGACGAGUGACGGCUCCCAGUGUCGGACGUGGUUGUUGCUGAUUGGCCAGACAGGGACAGCUAAAAGCAAUAAUGGCUGCUCUCCUUGGAUGUACUGUACUGUAUGUCUAAUCCUGCCUUGCUUUUACUCGUGCAGGAGCCUUUACCGCAUACACAGUCACACCUUGGUUCCAAAUCCCUUCUCACCCAGCGUCAGUCAGUUCUCCCACCCGUCCUCAUUCACCCUGUGUCAUUUACCUUCAUGGGAACAUUGUAGUAUUCUUCUCGCGGUGAAGCUGAACAAGAGGAGUCAUUACAAUAUAUGUAUUUUGGAUAAUAUCCACUCAUCAGCUGAUUCUUCUUCCCAUUCUUCAUUGUAGUGUCUCCUUCUCUGUCUCCACCUCCCAUGCCAUGCCUCUUGUUUGUAAUGCCAUAUGUUUUGCACAUUGUGUAUAUAUUUAUAUAGAUGCAAUGCAUAUUUUUAUACAUGUGUAACAUCCAUGGGCUCUGUAUUUUGUAAAUACUCAAAAAAACGAAAUGUGUAUAUAAGUACUGUAUGCCUUUAUGUGUCAAUAAAAUAAUUUGGUGUACUGUGAA